AACUCUUUUUUAUUAUCGCAUUUGGAAAUUUUCAAGCUUUCAAUCUUUUUCACCGUAACUGGUUUUUUCCGUUCUCGGAAACUGCAAUCGAAUAUGACAGUAAGCGGAAACGCGAUCGCGACCGCGACCGCGUUCUAACACCAUGUUGUAAUUGGACCGCCUAAUUUCAUCUUCCCUCUUUUCAAAUUGAAGAAAAGUUUCCAUCGUUCUUCUUCAAGACAGAUUAACUGGGGAAAUUCACAACUGAGGUCAUUCAAAACUGGCGUAAUUUUACAAUAGCUUUCAAAACUAAGUAAUUGUAAGGCAGAGCAACAAAUGCAGGGCUUCAAUGCUGAGAGUGUUGAUGCUGUUGACCAUUGAGAUAUAGCAGCUUCAAUUUGAUUCUCCAAUCACAACAACUUCAAAUAUUGAAGGACUCAUUUGAUUUGAUCAAAGCAUGUCAUCUUCAAAGAAGCGAUCCUUACCUUCUUGGAUCACUGUAAGAGAUGAUGAAAAUGGCGGAAAUAACUCUGACGUUAGUCCUAAUAAAUUGGAAUUCUCCAAGCUUCUGGAAGGGGUAGUGUUUGCUUUAUCAGGGUUUGUGAAUCCUGAGAGGGGUAUACUGAGGUCACAGGCCUUAGAAAUGGGUGCAGAAUAUAAGCAAGAUUGGAAUUCCGAAUGCACUCUUUUGGUUUGUGCUUUUCAUAAUACCCCUAAGUUUAGGCAAGUUGAAGCAGAUGGUGGAACUAUUGUUGCUAAGGAAUGGAUAAAAGAGUGUUACACCCAGAAAAAGCUUGUUGAUAUUGAAACUUAUCUUAUGCAUGUUGGUAAACCUUGGAGGAAAAACAAUUUAACUCAUACGGGAAACCUAGCUUGUGAAACAUCCCAACCUAGUAAACCUCGCAGGCAAGGAGUGAAGGUACCUGAACUUCAACCUGAUGUUUCCAGUUCACAAAAGGAAUCAAGAGGCAACACAUCUGAAUUUCAUAGAGACAAAUUCUCUGUUUCCAAGGUGAAAAAAUGGGCAGUUGAUGAUUUGCUCAAAACCCUGACAUGGCUUGAAAGUCAGAAAGAGAAGCCUGAGCCAGGUGAAAUAAGGAAUGUAGCUGCCGAAGGGAUCUUGACUUGUUUACAAGAUGCCAUAAAUUUGCUUGACAACGAGCAGGGUUUGCAGCAAUUGACUGAACAGUGGGACAUGGUCCCUCACGUGGUUAAAGAAUUGAUAGAAAUUGAAGGUUCUGAAACAUCCACAAUUUCCAAGAAUGAUCUACGUCAGCAGGCUGUUGCAUGUAAGAAGAUUUAUGAAGAGGAACUUAAGGGAGCAUGUGUUAAUGAGAUGAGCCGAGAGCCAAAUUCUAAAGGCCGCAACACAGAUAAAGGGAAACAUCGCUCGUCUAUUGACAGAGCGAGCAAUUCAUUAAAUUAUGACAGUGAUGAAACGAUUGAAAUGUCAGAAGAUGAAAUUAAUGAUGCAUACAAUAGUUUGGCUUGUAAACUAAGGGAGACAAAGGGGUAGUUACUGUUGUUUUCUGGUAGUCAUAAAUCUUUACAUCGUUAAUUCUGGCUAUUCAAUUGAAAGAAGUUUUUGUUUGUAAUGAGAAAGAAGGUUACAGAAAAAGUCAUGCCUCUCCCACCCAUAUUUUGCAAUUGAGCUUAUUUUCCCAUAAAAUAAUUUGCCCCAUAUUCAAGUAUAGAUGCCAUUUAAUCUUGUCCUUAAUUUAAACUAUCGUUAUAUGAGAAUUACGAGAACUAAUUAGUCGGAUAAAAAGUAUAAUUUUUUACUAAAA